GGAGUUUAGACAUGCACAUAACCUUCUGAGAUUCUGUGAUUGUACAACCGGAAAAUGGCUUCCUCCAACUCUUCUCCCCCAGAAGAAGACGAGGUUUUGGUGGAAGAGAAGCUGUUUGCGAGGACUCUGAUAUUUAACAGGACUAGACAAUUGAAUGCUCUUUCCUAUCAAAUGAUUAUUCGGAUGUUGGAACUUUUCCGUGCCUAUGAGAAGGAUUCUAACGUCAAAUUGGUGAUUGUCAAGGGGAAAGGAAGAGCAUUUUGCGCCGGUGGUGAUGUUGCUGCUGUGGUUCGUGAUAUUAAAGAAGGUAAUUGGAGAUUAGGGGCAGAUUUUUUCCGGAAGGAAUUUACCUUAAAUUACUUGAUAGCAACAUACAGUAAACCCCAGGUUUCAAUUCUCAAUGGAAUUGUCAUGGGAGGUGGAGCUGGUGUUUCAAUACAUGGUAGAUUCCGUGUUGCAACAGAGAAUUCGGUCUUUGCCAUGCCAGAAGCAGCCUUGGGGCUCUUCCCAGAUGUGGGCGCCUCAUAUUUCUUAUCAAGACUUCCUGGAUUCUUUGGAGAAUAUGUUGGUCUAACUGGUUCAAGAUUGGAUGGUGCCGAAAUGCUUGCUUGUGGUCUUGCAACUCACUUUGUUCCCUCAGCGAGGUUAUCCUUGCUAGAAGAAGCCCUGUACAAGGUCGAUUCAAGUGAUCCAGCAAUUGUUUCUGAAAUUAUUGAUAAGUAUUCACAGAAGCCGCAUUUGAAAGCGAAAAGUGCUCAUCUCCGGCUUGAUGUGAUUGAUAAGUGCUUCUCUCGAAGAACAGUCGAAGACAUAAUAUCUUCCCUUGAGAGGGAGGCAGCAAAUAGACGGGAUGAUUGGAUCUCUGCAACAAUUCAAACACUGAAAAAGGCAUCACCAAUGAGUUUAAAAAUUUCCUUGAGAUCGAUUAGAGAAGGAAGGCUCCAGGGUGUUGGUCAAUGUCUUGUUCGGGAGUACAGAAUGGUUUGUCAUGUGCUGCAAGGAGAAGUUAGCAAGGAUUUUGUAGAGGGUUGUAGAGCUAUAUUGGUGGACAAGGAUAGGAACCCCAAGUGGGAACCUUCUAAACUUGAGUACAUUAGUGACCGCAUGGUUGAUCGAUAUUUCUCGAAGGUGGACGACGAAGACUGGGAAGAAUUAAAGCUCCCCGCAAGAUCCUACUUGCCUGGAUAUGCCAUUUCCAAGCUUUAGAGACCUUGGGGUAUGAACUUGGUUACCUCGUAUCAGCAAUUAAGUUUUAUAUCAAUAAAAUUUUUAUGUUAGCAAAAGGGGUUUAUACACAAUGAUUAUUCAACCCCUUCUCAUACUCGUAACUGAGAUGCAAGCUUAGAGAGAGAUACCAUUGUACCAGAAAUUCCGGCUGUCCAAAUAAAGUAUGGCCUAAAUAAAACUCAUGAUGAUAUUUAAUAAUUAAUACAUUGAUGGUGAUAAACUAGCUAUAUUUGUAUAGAGUUCAGCAUGG